AUGAAACAUCACCAGCACACCGCAACAAAACAUCAUCACCAACACACCGCAACAACAUCACCAACGCACCGAAACAAAACAUCACCAGCACACCGCAACAAAACAUCACCAACGCACCGAAACGAAACAUCACCAGCACACCGCAACAAAACAACAUCACCAACGCACCGAAACGAAACAUCACCAGCACACCGCAACAAAACAUCAUCACCAACACACCGCAACAACAUCACCAACGCACCGAAACGAAACAUCACCAGCACACCGCAACAAAACAUCAUCACCAACACACCGCAACAACAUCACCAACGCACCGAAACGAAACAUCACCAGCACACCGCAACAAAACAUCAUCACCAACACACCGCAACAAAACAUCACCACCAAGACAAAACACACAGCAUCAAAACAUCAUCACCAACACACCGCAACAACAUCACCAACGCACCGAAACAAAACAUCACCAGCACACCGCAACAAAACAACAUCACCAACGCACCGAAACGAAACAUCACCAGCACACCGCAACAAAACAACAUCACCAACACACCGCAACAAAACAACAUCACCAACACACCGAAACAACAUCACCAACGCACCGAAACGAAACAUCACCAGCACACCGCAACAAAACAUCAUCACCAACACACCGCAACAACAUCACCAACGCACCGAAACGAAACAUCACCAGCACACCGCAACAAAACAUCAUCACCAACACACCGCAACAAAACAUCAUCACCAACACACCGCAACAACAUCACCAACGCACCGAAACGAAACAUCACCAACACACCGCAACAAAACAUCAUCACCAACACACCGCAACAAAACAUCAUCACCAACACACCGCAACAAAACAUCAUCACCAACACACCGAAACAAAACAACAUCACCAACGCACCGAAACAAAACAUCACCAGCACACCGCAACAAAACAACAUCACCAACGCACCGAAACAAAACAUCACCAGCACACUGCAACAAAAUAACAUCACCAACGCACCGAAACGAAACAUCACCAGCACACCGCAACAAAACAUCAUCACCAACACACUGCAACAUCACCAACGCACCGAAAUGAAACAUCACCAGCACACCUCAACAAAACAUCAUCACCAACACACCGCAACAACAUCACCAACGCACCGAAACAAAACAUCACCAGCACACCGCAACAAAACAUCACCAACGCACCGAAACGAAACAUCACCAGCACACCGCAACAAAACAACAUCACCAACGCACCGAAACGAAACAUCACCAGCACACCGCAACAAAACAUCAUCACCAACACACCGCAACAACAUCACCAACGCACCGAAACGAAACAUCACCAGCACACCGCAACAAAACAUCAUCACCAACACACCGCAACAACAUCACCAACGCACCGAAACGAAACAUCACCAGCACACCGCAACAAAACAACAUCACCAACACACCGAAACGAAACAUCACCAGCACACUGCAACAAAACAACAUCACCACCAAGACAAAACACACAGCAUCAAAACAUCAUCACCAACACACCGCAACAACAUCACCAACGCACCGAAACAAAACAUCACCAGCACACCGCAACAAAACAUCACCAACGCACCGAAACGAAACAUCACCAGCACACCGCAACAAAACAACAUCACCAACGCACCGAAACGAAACAUCAUCAGCACACUGCAACAAAACAACAUCACCAACACACCGCAACAACAUCACCAACGCACCGAAACAAAACAUCAUCAGCACACCGCAACAAAACAUCAUCACCAACACACCGCAACAACAUCACCAACGCACCGAAACAAACAUCACCAGCACACCGCAACAAAACAUCAUCACCAACACACCGCAACAACAUCACCAACGCACCGAAACGAAACAUCACCAGCACACCGCAACAAAACAACAUCACCAACACACCGCAACAACAUCACCAACGCACCGAAACGAAACAUCACCAGCACACUGCAACAAAACAUCAUCACCAACACACCGCAACAACAUCACCAACGCACCGAAACGAAACAUCACCAGCACACUGCAACAAAACAACAUCACCAACACACCGCAACAACAUCACCAACGCACCGAAACGAAACAUCACCAGCACACCGCAACAAAACAUCAUCACCAACACACCGCAACAACAUCACCAACGCACCGAAACGAAACAUCACCAGCACACCGCAACAAAACAUCAUCACCAACACACCGCAACAACAUCACCAACGCACCGAAACAAAACAUCACCAGCACACCCGUGCCGAGCGCACGGCGCUGACGCAGCACUUGAUGUGUGGAUACACUUUGUCAGCAUGGAAAGUUGUUAUUGAUCAGCUCAGAGGUCAAACUAUCGAACGGCUCCACCCAGAAACGUCCAGCCCGACGGUGCUUCUGUGA